AUGGCCAGUUCCAGAAGCGUAGGCAUGGAGUUACCAGAUGUAAAAAAUGUAUUUCUGACUCAAAAGGGAAGUAAAGAAGAAAUUCUAGUAGAUGAGUCAAUAAUUAAGCAAUUCAAAAAUUUUUCGAGAAUAAUUAGAGUGAGCGCGUACUUUAUACGAUUUGCACGUAACUGUAAACUUAAAAACAAUCAAAUCAACGGUCCGUUAAAUACCGUAGAAUUGCAAGAAUCAUUACUAGCUCUUGCUCGCUUAUCUCAAGGAGCUUCUUUCCAAACUGAAAUCAAUUUUCUAAAAGAUAAGAAGCGAAUUACCAAAGGAAAGUUAUCUUCCUUAAAUCCGUUCUUAGGCCAGGCAGAUAUAUUGAGGGUUGGCGGUAGACUAGAAAAUUCAAAAUUUAGCGAAGACAAAAAACACCCUAUCGUCAUUGAUUCAAAUCACACAUUCAGUAAACUAAUAUUUCAACAGGAACACGUUAAGUUACUCCACGCAGCUGAUUAA